GCUGCUUGUCUAGUCAGGCGAACAAGACUACGCAUCGCGCAAACAAUGCCAAUACUAAGGGAAGGUUCCACCGUUAUGCUACGUGGUGGUACCUGCAUGCGACUCGUUCCCACAUGUGACGUCACACCAUGAGAUCACCGAUGCGCCGCCACCUUAAAUCCGCAGUCCUACCCUACCCAGACUCUUAAGUCCUACACAAACCUCACAUAACCACCAUACCUACACACGCAACACUCAGUAUCCAUCACAAAGCCCUACCAAACACCACCAUGUCCAACUCAAGCUCCACAUUCCAGUCCUUCUCCACAUCCUUCUCCUCCAGCUCUGUAAACGGCCAAACCACCUCGCACUCCGAGUCCACAUACUCCGAUCCCUCCGGCACACGCGUGCACCGCACAAGCCAAGAGCCAGGCCAAGCCGCGCGGGAGGAGCGCUUCGAAGUCGACCACAGCGGCAGGCGCGUCAAGGGUGCACAAGCAGACGACCAGAAGAGAAUACAAGAUGUGACAGAUGAGGAGGGCGAGGGUGGCGAAUCGAAGGACGACGGACAGGCACAGAGGGAUAGGGAGUAUGAGGAGAGGAUCGAGGGAGAGUACGCUAAGAGGGAGGGCGGCGCGUAGGCGUCUUCUCAGAAGGAGGGGGAAGGGGGGCCUUAAGAGUAUGGAAAUACGGAAAUUGAAACUAAGACGACAAACGUGUGUUUUUCUUUCAACGAGGUAUUGGUCCAAGAAGCCAUGGUACGGCCUGAUAAGAUGUUAAUGUGUAUUUUUACAUGGCCGACUUCCUAUCAUCACGCUUCCCUUUGUUCUAUUCCGUAGGUAGUCGUUGUUAACGGAAUGGAGUCUUCUCAUUACCGGCAUUACGCUUUUAGUUUGGAAUGCUACUCUUAAUAAUGUCUUUACAAA